AUGUCAGAGGACCAUGUGUCAUACGGACUAAAACGGUUAGUCGCUCUAUCAGAUUCCCACUAUCAGGAGGCCGAUCAUCUGUUUACGACAAGGACCAGAAAAAGAGCAGCGAUCACGGAUCUAGCCAUGGAUCCAUGGAUAAAGACAGAUGCGUAUACGAUUGCCGAUGCACCAAGGUCAUCCCGGCGUGUGGGGAGCUGCGACGACCCGGUUGAUUAUGAGCUCACAGAUAUCACACAAGCUCACAUGGCAUCAAACGAGCGACCAUCGACCAUCGAGAGUCUUGCUGAAGAAACAAAUCAACAUGUCGACGUUUCACGAUAUGUCGGAAGACCCAUCGAAAAGUAUAAGAUGGAACCGGAGAGCGUCAUUGAGCAUUGGGACCAAUGA